AUGUCGACUGAACUGAGGCAGCGCGCCCAUUCCAGCUCGCUCAAAAGUAAUUCGGUCCGCUCCACCGACGUCAAGUUCAAGCCCCCGACGCCCGGCCAGGACGAGUUCGCCUUUGAGCCCUGUGCCGCCACGGGCUCCUUCCUGCUCUACGCACAGCGCAAUGUCAUUCUAUGCCUCCACCACGACACCCUCGCCGUAGAGAGGCGAUUCGAACGACACCGCGAAGACGUCUCGUGGAUAUCCGUCGACACAAUCAGCGAACGCGGGGCCGGCCGCUGCGUCGUAUCCUACGAUGCCGGAUCAACCGCCAUUGUCUGGGACCUGCUGACGGGCGAAGAGCUUGCUCGCUUUGCAUCGUACGAACAAAUCAGAGUGGCCGCCUGGAUGCGCAAUGGAAAUGUUGCUUUUGGAAAUGCCCAGGGCAACAUCAUCCUGUUCGAGCCAAACACGUCCGAACACCUUUCAGCCAGGACAAUCUUCGACCCCAUCACAUCCCUUGCACCAGCCGCAGACUGCAGGACGUUUGCCAUUGGGUACCUCAAUGGCUCCAUACUGAUUGCAACAUUGCAACCUUCCUUUACCAUUCUGCAUACUCUCACCACUCCCAGGGCCCCCUCUCCCGUUGCCGGCCUCGCGUGGCAUGGCUCCUCAUCCAAGCAAAAGUCGGAGAUGCUGGCUGCCCAAACAGCAGAUGGCGAUCUCCGCGUGUGGAGCGUCCCCAAAGCGCCCCAUGCAGGCGACAGCCCUUGCAUCAUUCGCGUUCUCAAUCAAAAGGAACAGCGAGAGCCCGGCCCCUGUUGGUUCGCCUGGUCAAAGAAUGGCCGCAUUGUGCAGUACACCGAAGGCCAAACCUGCGCCUGGGAUGUACGCACCAAAAGAGUAUCCUAUGAGACUGUACCGACCACUCACGACAUUGCUGCCAUCUGCAAUUACGGCCCCACUGCCACUCUCUUCACCAUUGGGCGCAACGCUAGCAUCCAACAAUACGACCUCAACCCUAGCAAUGGCCCUGCAACAAUGGUAGCCAACGUUCAGCAUGCGCCUGCCAACACGCCUCCGUCGCCGCCCAUUUCCCUGGACGAACAGAAGAAGCAAAUGGAAACUCCAUUAACUGCGCUUCCAGCAAAGUCACUACCGAUAAUACUCGCCGAAUCCGAGAGCAGUGCGGAUGAGGGCGCUGCUGUCAUGUCGCCCCUGCAGAAGAUUGCCCAAGAGAUGGAUCAGUUGGAAGAAGAGCGCCGCGACCGUGUCGGACCCCUAAGCCCAGUUUCAAGUCGAGGCUCCCAGAGCUCACGGUCGUCUGGAAGUGGCCGGGCUCCACGUUACCGCUACGACAGGCCUUCCCACAGCUCGCAACGUUCCACACGGUCCAAGAGCUCGGGUGGCUCUGGCACCAUAUUCUCAUCGGGCACAUCCUCCCUCGCUGGCACUUCUACUCGCGAGAGCGUUUCCAUCCGGUCCUUGUCAUCAGCUGCAUCAUCCUCCCGGUACGCGACGUCGGCCUUGCGCAAGGAAGUCCUCCGAAGCCCAGAGGAGACCCAGAAAAACCAACACAUGGAUCUCUUUCCCUUUACAAAAGCCAGACUUGGCGAUGUGCCUUUCCGCCCUACCGACCUUGGGCCCGAGCGCACCCCAGAUGACCUCCGACUCAACAUGCUCAAGGUUGUCUUUGGUUGGGACAACGACAUUGACGAGCUGGUGCAGGACGAACUUGCACGUCAUCCGCCCGGUUCAGCCGCUGCCGUCCUCCUUUCAAAAUGGCUAGGCGACCUUGGUGCUGAUCUCAUGGCUUCCAUGGUUGGCUCCGAGUCGAUGACUUCGUCUGAUUGGAUGCUGUUGGCCUUGAGCAAUAUGGGGCAUGGCUCACAGAAAAAGGUCGGCGAGGCCUUUGUCCAGCGUCUUCUCGAAAAGGGCGAUAUCCACCCCGCAGUCGCCAUCUUCCUUGGCUUGGGCGAGUACAACGAUGCCAUCGAGGUUUACGUGUCUCGCAAGUACUACAUGGAGGCCAUCUUGCUCACGUGCUUGACGUUCCCGACAGACUGGCAAAGACAGUCCUUCCUGGUCCGAAGAUGGGGUGAGUAUGCUGUAGGACAUGGCAAGGCAGAAUUGGCAGUUCGAUGCUUCUCGUGCAUGGGCCUUGAAACCACUGAGCCCUGGUUCUCGCCCCGCGCUCAGGACGCGGUCUUCUCUGCGCAGAAACAAGCACUGCUUGGCUCACAGAUGAGCCCGCCCCUGUCGCCACCCAGCGUCGGCAGCAGCAGAGUGGCGGCCAAGAUGGCUUCGCUCAAGCUUGUCACAGACUUCACCCGUGGCCCUCAACCGCAGCAGAUUGUCCGGGAAGAAGAGGAAAGGACUCCCAUGAACGCAGGUGUUACGCCCAUUGCAGAGUCCGCUAUUAGCCCUGCUGUCGGCAACCAUGCUUGGCUCGGACGCACGGCUCGUGAUGCAUCCAGGGAACCCUCUUCAGCACGCACUGCUACGCCAGGCGCCUACGGCAGAAAGCGUUACCCUUCUCGAUCCGAUACCGGCCGAGGCACAACAAACAACGAGGCUCUUGCCUCGCUGGCCAUUCCUGAUCGCGGUCAGCGUGGUGAGUCUCACCCUAGGACUGCCGUUGACAACAUUGGUCGCGAAGCCGAGACGUUGCCGUUUUCCACAUGCCGAGCCACGAGCGGAUCCAAAGACUUUGUAUUGUCCGCGACAACCUUUAACCCUGAAAAGUCUAGCGAUCACCUGCCCUCACCAGCAGUAGGUGUCUUUGACGCUCUCAAGGAGAAAAGCAGCGACUCGCGUGCCAGCUCUAGGAGUAGAAACAUCCAGGAUCUUCAUCUGGACAUGAAGGAGACUGUGGUAGAGAACGGCCCGGAGACCGGCUACACGAACAGGCUCAGUCCGCCGUUGACGGGUGCAAGCAUCAAGAGCGCAAAGGCACGCAGCAUCGACCAGUACAUCAGCAGUCUCGAGGAAGCCAACCACUAUGCUCAGAACCGCUCCAACUCUAGGAACGAAGACCGGUCUGCUUCGCGCACGGCGCGCACACGUAGUCGCAACCGUGACGAUUCACAGAGCCGUGGUCGCUCUGGUGUGCGCUACAUCCACCCAGCCAAGCGGUCUCCCUCAUCCCCUGUGCCCAUGUCUCCAGAGGAUGCCGGCAUAUACGCCUCCACCAAGAAAGAGGCUGGCACCAACACUGACGACUUUGAUGACGAGAGGUUCUACAAGGUGGGCAUUGUUUCUCCUGCAGUGACUGAAUCAGUUGCCAGCACUCGCACUGCAAGAAGUCGAGUACGUCAUGGAGCAAGCAAGACUAGGUCUUCAUCCAAGACCGCUGGCCGCCGUACCGAGUCGCCCGAAGGAGGGGCACGCGCCCGCAGCAAAGGUGCCAGCCGAGCGUCAAGCCGUCGUCCGGCCGAGUAUCGCGGCCGAAGCGCUACUCGCGGAGAGCAUUCGCCUGUGUCGCCUCAGCCCAUGCACCGAGAGGAAUCCGAAGCAGUCCCUGACUAUGAGCCUGCUCGCCCACGCCAGCGCAGCAGCAGUCGUCGCCGUCCAGAAGGCGCUGCAAGCCACCUUCGCGAGGCUUCUUCUGAACGCCGUGCUCCACGAGACCGAUCCAUGAGCCGAAAGCCUACACCAGUACUGAGAGAGUCUAGUCGCAAUCGAGCCCACGCGCGAGAUGCCUCUCCCGAGUCUUUGACUUCUGGACGCUCAGGCGCUUCACGCGCACGCCCUGGUGCGUUGUCAAAGAGGGCUAUGGCUGCUCGAGAGCUAGAAGAACGCAGACUGUCGCUUGCUCGACGGCCUUCUGCUCCAGUCAUUCCUCACCCUGGCGACCUCGCUUUCCGACCAGUUUCUCAUGAGCGCUCCAACACUGACGAUAUACUCAGCUCAAUGUCCAUGUACAGAGAGCCUAUCCAGAGGAGCCAUACAGCAGAUCCAGAGAUGACCAAGCGCUACUCGCCUACCAACAGGGCCGGUGGUGCUGGCCCAACUUCUACGCCUUCGGUGCCCAUCGGCCUACCAGCGAAUCCUCGUGCCAUGCGCCAUCCCCGGUACAUGACUGCCGAUCCAAACCAGGAAGACGAUAUCCCUGCAGUACCAAGUAUUCCAAACGACAUGCAGCAAAUGCAUGGAUCCUCGCGCGCAAAAGAAGACGAUAUCGGCCCCCUUCUUCCCGCAACCACUUUUGGACAGCCCAUCUCACCACCACGCUCAAUGUCGGCUCCUCCUCAAGACAUGCAGCAGCCUUCUAGCUCCCACAACUCUCCCACCUACCCUAUAAUUGGCCGUCGCCCUUCUCUGGGCGGAUCCCGUGGUCAUUCUCGACAGAAUACAAUGCCCGAAGUUCUGCCCCAGACCAACUACAAGCGCCACAGCCCACCUCCGAUUACCGCUAGCAUUGCCGAGACGAUUCACGAAAGCCAAGUCGUAGUCUUGGAACAGGAUGACUCUGCACCUCCUCUCCUGUCCCAGCUCCAGCAUCUGGCAACCCCCCCGCCUCCGCCUCCACCGCCGCUAAACAUUGGAGGCAACGGCAUUGGCAUGAUCAACAUUGCUAUCGAGGGCAAUAGCCCGAGCGAGAAGCCUAUGGAAUUUUCACCCACUCAUGCUUCUACUGCUAGCUCCCCACACAGUCAUCGACGGGGGCGUGGUAGUGUGAGCGAGAACCUGGGCAUGACCUUCAAGCGUGUCACUGAACGCAUGCGCAGCACUAGUCGCGGCCCUCAACGCGCCAAGUCGCCAAUUACUCGCGCUGAAGUCUCUCCGUAUGAGAGCAUGCCAGAGUUCUCAUUCCCACGUGGACCAGCCACGCGGUCCCCCCCUGCGGACGGUGGUCACACUGAUUCGUACAUGGACCAGAUUCCGCCGCCUCCGCCGCCGCCACCUCAUCCUCAGCCCAUGGAGCAGGUCAUUCCUCCCUCGGACAAUAGCCAGCCUUUCUACAGGCAUCCCAAGGAGCUCCGCGCCAACAUGCCUCCCAACACCCUGCAAGCCGGUGUGUACCAAGGUGGUGAAACCCCCAUGAUCUAA